AUGACCAGCACCGGGCGCAGUCUGCACCCGGCAGACACCGACACUGCUGUCCCUGGUAGCCGUCGCGAGCGGUCUCGCGACCCCCAGCAAGUUCUGCCGCCUGUCUGGGCACCUGGGUUUAUUUUUACCCCUUUGGCUCUGCAGGAUGCAGCUGCAAAGGUGACCUGCAUGGCUUGGUCCCAGAACAACGCCAAAUUUGCUGUCUGUACGGUGGACCGAGUGGUAUUGCUGUAUGAUGAACACGGAGAACGGAGGGAUAAAUUCCCUACCAAACCAGCGGACAUGAAGUAUGGCAGGAAGAGCUAUAUGGUAAAGGGCAUGGCUUUUUCUCCUGACUCCACUAAAAUUGCCAUAGGACAGACUGACAACAUCAUCUAUGUCUACAAGAUUGGAGAAGACUGGGGUGACAAGAAGGUUAUCUGCAACAAGUUCAACCAGACGAGUGCCGUCACUUGUCUGCAGUGGCCAGCGGAGCACAUUAUUAUCUUUGGCCUGGCUGAAGGGAAGGUUCGUUUAGCAAACACCAAAACUAAUAAAUCGUCUACCAUCUAUGGGACAGAGUCUUACGUGGUGUCACUGACAACAAAUUGCUCUGGGAAAGGACUUCUCUCUGGUCAUGCAGAUGGUACCAUUGUUAGGUAUUUUUUUGAUGACGAAGGCUCUGGAGAGUCACAGGGGAAGUUGGUGAACCACCCAUGCCCACCCUAUGCCUUGGCAUGGGCAGCCAACAGCAUCGUGGCUGCAGGCUGUGAUCGAAGGAUCGUGGCCUAUGGAAAGGAAGGCCAUGCACUACAAACCUUUGAUUAUAGCCGAGACCCUCAGGAGCGGGAGUUCACCACAGCUGUGGCAAGUCCUGGGGGCCAGUCCGUUGUGCUGGGAAGUUAUGACAGACUUAGGGUGCUCAACUGGAGCCCUCGAAGAAGCAUCUGGGAAGAGGCAAAGCCCAAGGAGAUCGCCAACUUAUACACUGUCACUGCCUUGGCCUGGAAGCGGGAUGGCUCACGGCUCUGUGUGGGCACACUCUGUGGUGGGGUAGAGCAGUUUGACUGCUGCCUCCGAAGGAGCAUUUACAAGAACAAGUUUGAGUUGACGUAUGUAGGACCUAGCCAGGUGAUUGUGAAGAACCUGUCAUCGGGAACCCGUGUGGUGCUCAAGUCACACUAUGGCUAUGAGGUGGAGGAGGUGAAAAUCCUGGGGAAGGAGCGCUACUUGGUGGCCCACACAUCAGACACACUGCUGCUGGGGGACCUGAACACUAAUCGCCUUAGUGAGGUGGCCUGGCAGGGAUCUGGCGGCAAUGAGAAGUAUUUCUUUGAAAAUGAGAAGGUGUGUAUGAUCUUCAAUGCUGGAGAGCUAACCCUGGUGGAAUAUGGGAACAACGAGGCCUUGGGUUCCGUACGCACUGAAUUCACAAACCCCCGCCUCAUCAGCGUUCGUAUUAAUGAGAGGCAUCAGCCAGGAAUGGAGGAUAAUAAGAAACUGGCCUAUCUUGUUGAUAUUAAGACUAUUGCCAUAGUGGAUCUGGUUGGUGGCUACAACAUUGGUACCAUCAGUCAUGAGAACCGUGUGGAUUGGCUGGAACUUAAUGAGACUGGACACAAGCUCCUCUUCAGAGACCGGAAAUUUCAUCUGCAUCUGUACGAUAUCGAAAGCUGCUCCAAGACAGUGGUCCUCUACUUUUGCUCCUUUGCACAGUGGGUCCCAGGAAGCGAUGUGCUGGUGGCUCAGAACCGAAACAACCUGUGUGUGUGGUACAACAUCGAGGCACCUGAGGGGGUCACCAUGUCCUCUAUUAGGGGUAAAGUUGUCGGUCUGGAGCGGGGCGGGGGAAAGACUGAGGUGAUGGUGACGGAAGGCGUGACUACUGUGGCCUACACACUGGAUGAGGACCUCAUCGAGUUUGGAACGGCCAUUGACGAUGGCAACUACACCCGGGCAACGGCCUUCCUGGAGACUCUGGAAAUGACCCCAGAGACGGAGGCAAUGUGGAGGAUCUUGAGUAAACUGGCACUAGAGGCAAGGCAGCUGCACAUUGCUGAGAGGUGCUUUUCUGCUUUGGGCCAUGUGGCAAAAGCUCAAUUCCUGCAUAAGACCAACGAGAUUGCAGAUCAAGUGUCCCAGGAAUAUGGUGGAGAAGGAGCUGACUUUUAUCAGGUCCGAGCGCGUCUCGCCAUGCUGGAGAAGAACUACAAACUGGCUGAAAUGAUCUUUUUGGAACAGAAUGCAGUGGAGGAGGCCAUGGACAUGUACCAGGAGCUGCACCGCUGGGAUGAGUGCAUCGCCGUCGCUGAGGCCAAGGGGCACCCAACCCUGGAGAAGCUUCGCCGCGAAUACUACCAGUGGCUGAUGGACACACAGCAGGAGGAGCGAGCAGGAGAGCUGCAGGAGAGCCAGGGGGAUGGGCUGGCAGCUGUCAGCCUCUACCUCAAGGCCGGGCUCCCUGCCAAAGCAGCUCGGCUGGUGCUGACCCGGGAGGAGCUGCUGGCCAACACGGAACUGGUGGAGCACAUCACGGCAGCCCUUGUCAAGGGCGAGCUCUACGAAAGGGCAGGGGAUCUCUUUGAGAAGAUUCGCAAUCCUCAGCGGGCACUCGAGUGCUACUGUAAAGGCAAUGCGUUCCUGAAAGCCGUAGAACUGGCCCGACUGGCCUUCCCCAUGGAGGUGGUGAGACUGGAGGAGGCCUGGGGAGACCACCUGGUGCAGCAGAAGCAGCUGGAUGCAGCCAUCAAUCACUACAUUGAGGCCAGGUGCUCCAUUAAGGCGAUUGAGGCUGCCCUGGGGGCCCGCCAGUGGAAGAAGGCAAUUUACAUAUUGGAUCUCCAGGACCGGAACACUGCGUCCAGAUACUAUCCUCGCGUGGCCCAGCACUAUGCGUCCCUGCAGGAGUAUGAGAUUGCUGAGGAGCUCUAUACAAAGGGAGACCGGACCAAAGAUGCCAUAGACAUGUACACCCAGGCAGGCCGCUGGGAGCAAGCCCACAAGCUGGCAUUGAAGUGCAUGAGGCCGGAAGAUGUGUCAGUGCUGUACAUCACCCAGGCCCAGGAGAUGGAGAAGCAGGGCAAGUUCCGGGAGGCGGAGAGGCUGUAUGUGACGGUGGAAGAGCCUGACCUCGCCAUCACCAUGUUCAAAAAGCACAAGCUAUAUGAUGACAUGAUCCGCCUGGUGGCAAAGCACCACCCGGAUCUCCUGAGCGACACGCACUUGCAUCUGGGCAAGGAGCUGGAAGCUGAAGGCCGACUACAGGAGGCCGAGUACCACUACCUUGAGGCCCAGGAGUGGAAGGCAACAGUGAACAUGUACCGUUCCAGUGGGCUCUGGGAAGAGGCCUACCGGGUGGCCAAGGCGCUCGGAGGAGCUAACGCCCACAGACACGUGGCCUAUCUGUGGGCAAAGAGCCUGGGUGGAGAGGCUGCAGUCCGACUGCUGAACAAGCUGGGACUCCUGGAAGCUGCUGUGGACCAUGCAGCAGACAACUGCUCCUUUGAAUUUGCUUUUGAGCUCACCCGGCUGGCCCUCAAACACAAGACCCCCGAGAUCCAUCUCAGAUACGCCAUGUACUUGGAGGAUGAGGGUAAAUUUGAAGAGGCUGAAGCUGAAUUCAUUAGGGCCGGUAAACCCAAGGAAGCAGUCCUCAUGUUUGUCCAUAACCAGGACUGGGAGGCAGCGCAGCGUGUGGCCGAGGCCCAUGACCCCGACAGUGUGGCUGAGGUGCUUGUGGGGCAGGCCCGGGGGGCCUUGGAGGAGAAGGACUUCCAGAAGGCGGAAGGGCUGCUGCUUCGGGCCCAGAGGCCAGGCCUGGCCCUCAACUACUACAAGGAGGCUGGAUUGUGGAGCGACGCCCUGCGUAUCUGCAAGGACUACAUGCCUGGCCAGCUGGAGGCCCUGCAGGAAGAAUACGAGCGGGAAGCUGCCAAGAAGGGGGCCAGGGGCCCCGAGGGCGUCGUGGAGCAAGCACGGCACUGGGAGCAGGCUGGGGAGUACAGCCGGGCCGUCGACUGCUACCUCCGCGUGCGGGACCCCGGAAGCAGCAGCCUGGCGGAAAAGUGCUGGCUGAAGGCAGCUGAACUCUCCAUCAAGUUUCUGCCUCCUCAGCGCAGUCUGGAAGUGGUUCGGACUGUGGGACCCCAGCUGAUUGGGAUUGGAAAGCACAGUGCAGCCGCAGAGCUCUACCUGAACCUGGACCUGGUCAAGGAGGCCGUCGACGCAUUCAUCGAGGGCGAGGAGUGGAACAAGGCCAAGCGUGUGGCCAAGGAGCUGGACCCCCGGUACGAAGACUACGUGGACCAGCGUUACAAAGAGUUCCUCAAGGACCAGGGCAAGGUGGACUCGCUGGUGGGUGUAGACGUGGUGGCUGCGUUGGACUUGUACGUGGAGCAGGGGCAGUGGGACAAGUGCAUCGAAACUGCCGCCAAGCAGAACUACAAGAUCCUGCACAAGUACGUGGCUCUGUAUGCGACUCACCUGAUCCGGGAGGGAGGCUGUGCCCAGGCCCUGGCCCUCUAUGUGCAGCACGGAGCCCCCGCCAACCCACAGAAUUUCAAUAUCUACAAGAGGAUCUUCGCUGACACGGUGAGCGCUCCUGGGACCAACAGCGCCGAGGCCUACCACGGCUGGGCGGAUCUCCGAGAUGUCCUCUUCAACCUGUGUGAAAACCUGGUGAAGUCCAGUGAGGUGAACUCUCCAGCUCAUGAGGAGUUCGAGACGAUGCUGCUGGUUGCUCAUUACUAUGCCACACGCUCCGCGGCCCAGAGCGUCCCACAGCUGGAAACCGUGGCGGCCAGGCUUUCUGUCUCGCUGCUGCGUCACACCCAGCUGCUGCCUGCAGACAAGGCCUUCUACGAAGCCGGCAUCGCGGCCAAGGCUGUUGGCUGGGAAAACAUGGCGUUCAUCUUCCUCAACCGCUUUCUGGAUCUGACCGAUGCCAUCGAGGAGGGGACUCUGGACGUCCUUGACCACUCCGACUUUCAGGACACAGACAUUCCUUUUGAGGUGGCACUCCCAGCCAAGCAGCACGUGCCGGAGGCCCAGCGAGAAGAGGUGCGGGACUGGGUGCUCACGGUCUCCAUGGACCAGCGGCUGGAGCAGGUGCUGCCUCGUGACGAGCGCGGCGCCUACGAGGCCUCCCUGGUGGCUGCGGGCACUGGGGUUCGGGCCCUGCCCUGCCUCAUCACAGGGUACCCCAUUCUGAGGAACAAGAUUGAGUUCAAGCGGCCAGGGAAGGCCGCCAGCAAGGACAGCUGGAAUAAGUUCCUUAUGGCCAUCAAGACCUCCCACAGCCCCGCGUGCCAGGACGUCCUCAAGUUCGUCAGCCAGUGGUGUGGGGGUCUUCCCAGCACCAGCUUCUCCUUCCAGUAGCCGGCGGAACCGAGGGAGGGUCGGGCCUUGUGUCAUUAAACUUUUGUACACACGUGA